GGGAGGGGGCGACUUCCAUAAGCGCCGAGCGGCUUUUUUUGAGCGGCGGGCGGGCUGUUUAUGGGCGUCUCGCCGUCUCCGCGCCCGGUGUCUGUAGAGGAUCGCCGUGCGAUGUGCCGUUCGGAGGGUAAUUAACAGCGGUUGCAACAGCAGAAAGUCGAUUCGAUCCGUUGGGACGUUAUCUCUACCUUCUCUUCCCGGGACGGCGCCGUGAGCGGCGGCUGCCGCCGGUGUAAGAGCGGUUAGCGGCUGAGAGCGGCGCAGGUGGCCGCGCCCGUCCCGCAGCCGCCGCUGUGCCCCGGGCACUGCCGCAGGGAGCCCCGCGCCGGCGCCAGUGAUCUCAGUAUGAACAACAUUACUAAGCUGCCCUCGAACCCCGUGCACAAUCUCCGCUUCCUGGAAGAGCUACGUCUUGCAGGAAAUGGCUUGACAUACAUUCCUAAGGGAGCAUUUGCUGGCCUUUUCAGUCUUAAAGUGCUAAUGCUGCAGAAUAACCAACUACGCCAGGUUCCUACUGAAGCACUCCAGAACUUGCGCAGCCUGCAGUCUCUACGCCUGGAUGCCAACCACAUCAACUAUGUGCCCCCCAACUGCUUCAAUGGCUUGGUCUCCCUUAGACACCUGUGGCUAGACGAUAAUUCCUUGACAGAAAUACCCAUCCAAGCUUUUAGAAGCUUACCAGCACUUCAGGCAAUGACACUGGCACUGAAUAAAAUUCAUUACAUACCGGACUAUGCUUUUGGAAACCUCUCCAGUUUGGUAGUUCUACAUCUCCAUAACAAUAGAAUCUACUCCCUGGGAAAGAAAUGCUUUGAUGGGCUCCACAGCCUAGAGACUUUAGAUUUAAAUUACAACAGUCUGGACGAGUUCCCCACUGCUAUCAGGACACUAACAAACCUAAAAGAACUAGGAUUUCAUAGCAACAACAUCAAGUCGAUACCUGAGCGUGCAUUUGUAGGUAAUCCAUCACUUAUUACAAUACACUUUUAUGAUAACCCCAUCCAGCUUGUUGGAAAAUCUGCUUUUCAAAACUUACCAGAACUCAGAACUCUGACUUUAAAUGGUGCCUCACAGAUAACAGAGUUUCCUGAUCUGACUGGGACUACAAGUCUGGAGAGUUUGACACUCACAGGAGCACAGAUCACCUCUCUCCCCAGAUCAGCUUGUGACCAGUUGCCUAAUCUCCAAGUGCUAGAUCUGUCUUAUAAUCUGCUGGAAGAUUUACCCUGUUUUACUGCAUGUAAAAAGCUACAAAAAAUUGACUUGCAUCAUAAUGAAAUUGAUGAAAUCAAAGCAGACACAUUCCGGCAGCUGGCUUCUCUUCGUUCUCUGGAUUUAGCUUGGAACAAAAUUAAAAUUAUUCACCCCAAUGCCUUCUCCUCUUUACCAUCUCUGAUCAAACUGGAUGUGUCAUCCAACCUUUUGUCCUCUUUUCCUGUGACGGGGCUACAUGGUCUAACUCAUUUAAAAUUAACAGGAAAUCAUGCACUACAAAGUUUGAUAUCAUCUGACAAUUUUCCUGAACUCAAGGUCAUGGAAAUGCCAUAUGCUUAUCAAUGCUGUGCCUUUGGAGCUUGCGAGAGCCACUACAAAAUUUCCAGCCAAUGGCACAAAGAUGACAAUAGCAGCACUGAUGAUUUUUCCAGAAAGGAUAUUGGGUUGUUACAAAUUCAAGAUGAGCGUGACUUUGAAGAUUUUCUUCUCGACUUUGAAGAAGAUUUGAAAGCUCAUCAUUCAGUGCAGUGUUCACCUUCUCCAGGUCCCUUCAAACCAUGCGAUCAUCUGUUUGGUAGCUGGCUUAUCAGAAUUGGAGUAUGGACCAUCGUCGGUUUGACCUUUGUUUGCAAUGCACUGGUGACAGCUACAGUUUUCAGAUCUCUGCUGUAUAUGUCCUCCAUAAAGCUUUUGAUUGGCCUAAUAGGUAUUGUAAAUGCCUUGAUGGGUCUUUCCAGUGGAGUACUGGCUAGUGUGGAUGCAUCAACUUUUGGUAGCUUUGCUCAGUACGGAGCACAGUGGGAAAGUGGAAUUGGUUGCCAAAUGACUGGUCUUCUCUCCAUUUUUGCUUCAGAAGCUUCCAUUUUCCUCCUUACCUUAGCUGCGCUUGAGCGUGCGUUCUCUAUAAAGCAUGCUACAAAGUUUGAAACAAAAUCCUCUGUUGCUAGUGUAAAAAUUGCCAUUUUCUUUUGCUUUAUGUUGGCAUUAGUCAUUGCAGUGAUACCUCUCCUCACUGGGAGUGAGUAUGGGGUUUCUCCACUUUGUUUGCCAUUACCAUUUGGAGAACCCACUGCUAUGGGCUACAUGGUAGCACUCGUAUUGCUGAACUCACUUUGUUUCCUGGUAAUGACUAUUGCUUAUACAAAGCUCUAUUGCAGUUUAGAAAAGGGAGAGCUAGACAAUAUUUGGGAUUGCUCUAUGGUCAAACAUAUAGCCUUGCUGCUUUUUACUAAUUGCAUUCUUUAUUGCCCUGUGGCCUUCUUAUCUUUUUCCUCCUUACUAAAUCUUACCUUUAUCAGCCCAGAAGUGAUAAAGUCCAUACUGCUGGUGAUUGUCCCACUGCCUGCGUGUCUAAACCCACUCCUUUAUAUAUUGUUCAAUCCACACUUCAAGGAGGACUUGGGAAGUUUGCGAAAGCAAACUUUGUUAUGGAGGAGGUCAAAACAUGCUAGUCUGAUCUCUGUGAAUUCAGAAGACAUAGAAAAACAAUCUUGUGACUCAACACAAGCACUGGUAACCUUCACAAGUGCUAGCAUAUCAUAUGACAUGCCUACCAGCAACUCACUCAUGCCAUCGUCUUAUCAAAUGACAGAAAGCUGCAAUAUUUCAUCCGUAGCAUUUGUUCCAUGUCGCUAGUUUCAGUGGCAGUGCAGAAAAUAUGUAUGUUUACAAAUUUUUUUAACCCAAAAGUAAGUGUGGGUGUGUGUUUUCAAGCUAUAGAUUGCCUCUGAAUUACUGUUACAUGCAUCACAAAACAGAUGACAACAAAACUUGCAGCAAGCUGAAAAUCCAGUAGUUUAGCCUUCUCAGCCAGUUUCAGAGCUGCUGGAACGAAGAGAAAAUCUGAAACUGCAGCAGUUUCUGCAGUUGUAUUGGCAGUUCCCUUUCAAAGUAGCACCACUUGGAAAAGGCAGUUGGUUGAGAGCAAAAAUAUUGUGCUGAAUUGGUGAGCUUUUUCUUCAACACAUCUUCAACACAAACAUGGCACAGUUUGUUUCAUGGGUUGGGUUUUUGUUAUUUUUUCCUGUUUAAUAUAAUUUGGUCUUAAUAAUAGAUAUUCACUGCCAAGUCUGUUUUUAUAAACAUCUGCAUAUGGCCCUCAUUCAGCAAGCUAAGUGAAAGAGUAGUCCUGUUGGAAAACCUAAAGGUUUCUGCAGAAUAUACUUCAAUUAAGCUUCUUGUGCAACAGAUAAAGUUCAUUUAAUAGUUUACCUGCUUUGGUUUUUCAGAAGUUGUCUGACAUGACAAAGUAUUUUAA